UGUAAGUAGAUUAAAGAAAGAGAAACACAUUUUCACUCUUUUCAUAAACAAAAUUGGUAAACUUGAUAAAGAUUUUACAUUUGGAUUGAUAUAAAUUGGUGUAUAUUAACUUCUAAAGUUGACAGUGGAAUGAUGUCGGAACACGAUGUUUCUGCUCCGGUCCUUGACUUUGAACAAAUCAGUUUACAUCGGGAGGCAAAUGAUAUAGGCGAUGAUGUUUUGGCAGAUAUCGGUCGUGAGAUGAAAAGAGCGUUACAGAAUUUUGGUUUCUUUUAUGGAAAAAAUCAUGGAAUAUCCAUGGAGUCUAUCAGUAGUUUGAUGGCCUCCGCAGCGGAUUUUUUUGAAGAACCUGAAGAAUGCAAGAUACGCCAUUUAAAAGGCGAAAAAGGAGAAUUUGGAUGGGUUCGUAUGGAAUCAGAAAAAUCAAAUCCAGAGCUUGCACCUGAUCUAAAAGAAAGUUUCAAUUAUCAUCCUGCAGACGAGAGAAAUGGUUUAUUGAAAGCAGCAUUCAGUGGCCAGUGUAAAAGUGUAUAUUCACUUUGUUGCGAGCUAUCCUAUCGCUUAACAGAUGCCCUGUCAAUUGCACUUGGCUUUGAAAAGGGAUGUCUGACAGAGCCUUAUCAGAACGUAGGGAAGAAAGACAACCAGACAUUUCUUCGAAGUUUGAUCUAUCCUGCAAUUCCAUUGGACCGAAAGAUUAGACCUGGACAACUUCGUCUUGGAGAACACACAGAUUAUGGAAUGGUGACAUUCUUAUUUCAAGAUGAUGUCGGUGGCUUAGACAUGGACACGCCAAGUAAGGGUUACAGACCUGUGUCUCCUAUUCCUGGAACCAUCGUCGUUUUUGUCGGCAUCCAGAUUCAGAGGUUGACAGCAGAUGUCCUUAGCGCUCCUAAGCAUAGAAUUGUUCUUUCAGAGAAUGAAACGGAAGCGAGGAAACGUCGGCAAUCUCUGGCUUUCCUUGUUAGAGCAGACGAUAAUUUUGUUGUUAAAUGUCUGGAUGGAUCAAAGAAAUAUCAACCUGUAUCUUCCGUUGAUUACCUAGACGGCCGGCAAACAGAGGUAAUUGCAUAAAUGUCUACAAAAAAGUCCUGCCAUUUUUUGAAUGCGUUUUAACGGACAAUUUUUCAAAAUGGAUUGUUGUUUUGUUCAAGAAGACAUUGUUAUCAGUAGUUACUUGUAAAAUAUUCACGAAGAAAAAAAUCGAAACCAAACGCAUGCCAAAGUUUACCCGGUAGAAAUUUAUUAAAUGGACAAAAUUAUGUUAUCAUGAUGUCUGCUUUCAUGAACACAUAAAUAUAAUUGAUAAACACUAUUGUUUAAGAAAAUGUCCGAGAGUGAUAUAUGCUUUGAUGGAUCUUGAGACAAACAUGCACCAAGCCAUUCAGGUGGUCAAGGUGCCUGUCUCUUAUACGAUGGAUUUUAGCUUUAUAAAUACUUAAUCUAUCAAAAUCAUUGAAUAAUCUAGUGUUUUGUUUUUGAAUGACAAGACGUGGAGCCUUGGACGUUACAUCAAUUUGAAAUAUUUAAUUUUCUAAGCGGACUCUGCUGUUUUUUAACAAGGAGGAAGUCAAGAAAUCUGACUUCUUCGAUUGUUCGUGGGUGUAUUAAUUUUACAGGAAAUAUCAUUUUAUUUUUGUAUCAUGGACUUCGAAAUGCCUUUGGUCUUGUGUUGCAAUGAACGUAUUGAUAUAAUAUAUGUGACACCUUAAAAAGCAUUCCGCGAACUAUACUGCUGAUAAGGGCACCAUCACUGUAGACGACCUUCAUCUUUAUAUUGCAUCGGAUCAUGAUGCUAUUAGCUUCAUUAGCAUGCUCCUGUGUUGUUAAGCUUCAUUAGCAUGCUCGUGUGUUGUUAAGCUUCAUUAGCAUGCUUCUGUGUUGCUAAUCUUUAUUAGUAUGCUCCUGUGUUGUUAAGCUUCAUUAGCAUGCUCCUGUGUUGUUAAGCUUCAUUAGCAUGCUUCUGUGUUGUUAAGCUUCAUAAGCGUGCUCCUGUGUUGUUAAGCUUUAUUAGCAUGCUCCUGUGUUGUUAAGCUUCAUUAGCGUGCUCCUGUGUUUUUAAGCUUCAUUAGCAUGCUCAUGUGUGGUUAAGCUUCAUUAGCAUUCUCCUGUGUUGUUAAACUUCAUUAGCAUGCUCCUGUGUUUUAAGUUUCAUAAGCAUGCUCCUGUGUUCUUGCAAUCAUCAACAUAUACAGACCUAGGUAUGUUCGCAGUCAUACAUUAGACGCUUGUGUUAAACUGUGCGACCAUGUUACAUUAGCAAAUAACAAGAGAAACGAGUUGUUAUUAAGUUAUUGCAUGGGAAAUUAAUCAGAUAGCAGCAUUGUAUCAGGUGUCGACGUCAUCGAUUCGAGGCUCUAUGAUCAUGCCGGAAAUUUUGCAGCUUAUUGGCGUAAAAAAAGAAGCGGAUAAAGGUCAACAAUUGCUAUUGUUUGGAAAAUGAGAUCAGAUUUGUAUGAUACUAGAAUUAAAAAAUGAAGAUAGCUAUAUUCUAUAGUGGAUGUAAACAAACUUGUGGUAGCGAAUAUAUCUUAAAAUGGAAACAUAAUACAUAUUCUGACUCUUAAGAUAUUAACUAUUGUGUAUUCAAUUUUUGGUAACAAACAUAAUGCCUGCUUUUGGAACGUUUGUGGACGAUAAGCCAUUAUACUGCAUUAUAACUUCGGGUAUGAUAUGGAUAAAGGAUAUGCGUGGAAUUGGAUCUGUGACCUUUUGAAUGGAUGUUUGAUCCCAAUUAGAAUCAGUUUAUUAUAUGCUUUAAAAAUUCUAUUUUUAUCAGUGAGAUAUAAUCCAUAUCAAUCAAUGUGAGUGAUAUAGCUUCGCCAACAUACGUGUAAAUUGUUUAUUAGUUUAUAUUUUGUCGCGGGAAAUUAGAUGAAAAUUGCAGUCGCUUUGUUCCUUCAGUUGAAAUAACGUUACUUGACAAAAAGCUUGACGAGAAUUUAAAAAUGUCAUACCGGAAAUAAUAAAGUGAAAUGGAACUUACGUGCACGUCUUUGUAAAGUCGCAGGACGUUGACGUAAUUUUAACGCGUAUGUUUCCCGCUUAUUCAGGAAGCGUAUUUUUAUAACAAAGUACAUGUAUCGGUAAAUAUGGCCUAUGUUCAAUCGAAAACUGAUGCAUAUGCACAUGUAUAGACAACUGAUUAUAACAAAAUGCAAAUUAGGAAUAUAAUUUCUUUUUAAAGCAUAUACAUAAACCCUUACCCUCCUAAAUUUCUUAAAUGGUCUUGUCCAUCAUUCAGUUUUGGCAGUAACACUUAUUAUUCAAAGGGGUUGUUCUCUGAAAAUAUGCUGACUGAAUACAGAACAGUGCAGACCAUAAUAAGACUGCACGGAUGUGCAGGCUGAUCUUGGUCUGCCGUGGUCGCAAAUGCAGAAUCACUUGCCGCCAGAAGGCUAUGGGUUAAAAAGAAGUUUGCUUUAUAAUAACUUAGUAAGGAUAAUAUGCCACUAGUAGCCAUACAAUCAUGGCACAAUAGUAUGCUUUAAUAUGCUUAUUCAUUUUUCCAAUGUUUGAUUUAUAUUAUAGAGCUGUACAUUCGAUCUUAAUUAUGUUUUGCGUUUCACUACUGUUCAUUACUAAUGUAGCUUAUAGGUACAAUGGGUCAGGUAUAUUUUGAUAUAUUUAUAUUAUGUAUUUGGAAUUUAUGUAUACACAUGUCACUAUAAUAAACAAUUUACUUACUUUC